GUGAGGACCCAGGUGUCGCGGGCUACAGAAAAAUACACCAACCUCGCGUUCUCAUCAGCCGAACAUCAAGCAACCCGGGAGUCCUCUAGUUUCCUUUCGUCGAAGCGCACAAGGGGUCAGCAACAUUCGGGGGUGUUAAGUUGGCACCUUCGGCCAGACUCGGGCCUAUACGAGGCACAUUGUGGCUUUCGGAGCGAGGUCCUUUGACACUUUCCAGCUGUCUCGACGAUGUACGGUUCACGUUGAUUCGACUCAACCGCCACCUUCGCGAAAUUCCUUCAGCCAUUUCCUUACCGAUCUAGAAUUCCAUAAUCAUUAUGGCUCCGAUCGAUCACGCUCUACACGGGGCGCGCAGACAGCCGCAACUGCAUCUCGUAUCCAACGAGGAUUCCGUUUAUGAGCAAGAUAUCCUUCGCGACCCUGGUAGUGUGAAGCCCUGGCUGGCAUACAUUGAGUUCAAAACACAUCACGGUACCAUCCUUGAGCAGACGUACGUGAUGGAGCGGGCUUGUGCUCAAUUGCCGCGUUCAUACAAAUUAUGGAAACUGUAUCUCUCGUUUCGACUUAAGCACGUUGCCAAGUUGAAUCCAGCAUUAUUCGCCGCAGAAUAUCGCAAAGUCAACGCCCUUUUCGAAAAGGCCCUCAAUCUACUACACAAGAUGCCACGGAUAUGGGAAAUGUACCUCAAAUUCCUGACGAAACAACCGCUUGUUACUCUCACCCGACGGACAUUCGACCGAGCUCUAAGAGCUCUUCCCAUAUCUCAGCACAAUCGUAUUUGGGCCUUCUAUCGCCCAUUCGCGAACUCGGCCGCUGGCGAAACUGCUGUGAAAAUUUGGCGACGCUACAUGCAGGUGCAUCCUGAAGACGCCGAGGACUUUAUCGAACUACUUACUCAAACGGGGCUUUAUACAGAGGCCGCGCUGAAAUUUAUAGAUGUUCUUAACAACGCCAGGUUCAACAGCAAGCAUGGGAAAGGCCAUUACGAACUCUGGAGCGAAAUGGUAGAUCUUAUUGUUGAACACGCCGCCGAAAUCGAGACAGGAUACGAAAAUGGCAUUGACGCCGAACGUAUAAUCCGAAGUGGUAUUUCCAGAUUUGCCGAUCAAAGAGGGAAGCUAUGGUCAGGUCUCGCUACUUAUUGGAUCCGGAGAGGCAGCUUUGAACGGGCUCGCGAUGUCUUUGAAGAGGGAAUCACCACGGUCAUGACAGUGAGAGACUUCACCCUUAUCUUCGAGGCUUACACCGAAUUUGAGGAGUCUAUCAUCGGCGCCCUCAUGGAGGUUGCGUCUGCAAGGGCCGAGAAAGGGAUAGAAGACGAAAACGCGGACUUUGAGCUGGAUAUCAGAAUGAUGCGCUUUGAACAACUCAUGGACAGACGACCCUUCCUCCUAAACGACGUCCUGCUACGCCAGAAUCCAAACAACGUUCCAGAGUGGGAAAAGAGAGUUGCCCUUUGGGGCGACAACAAGAAGGAGGUUGCUCAGACGUACACGGAUGCAAUUGCGGCAAUACAGCCGAAACGCGCUGUUGGGGCAUUUCAUCAGCUCUGGGCCAACUACGCAAAGUUUUAUGAACGCGGAGGUGACCUGAGAAACGCCCGGGUCAUCAUGGAGAAGGCGAUCAAGGUGCCCUUCAAGUCAGUGGCAGAGCUUGCUGAUAUGUGGAUUGAAUGGGCAGAAAUGGAAUUACGAAAUGAGAACUUCGACGACGCCGUCCGGAUCAUGGCCAAAGCAGUUCAGGCACCAAAGCGGUCUACUGUGGACUAUUUCGACGAGACCUUGUCACCGCAACAAAGAGUCCACAAGAGCUGGAAACUCUGGAGCUUCUACGUCGAUCUCGUUGAAAGCGUGUCUACUUUGGAUGAGACCAAAAAGGUUUAUGAACGAAUCUUUGAGCUCCGGAUUGCAACACCUCAGACGGUUGUCAACUAUGCCAAUUUGCUCGAGGAGCACAAAUAUUAUGAGGAAUCGUUCAAGAUUUAUGAGCGUGGCUUAGACCUAUUCAGCUAUCCUGUUGCUUUUGAGCUUUGGAACUUGUAUCUUACCAAGGCCGUUGAUCGGAAGAUCGGGAUAGAACGACUUCGCGAUCUAUUCGAGCAAGCCGUGGAAGAUUGCCCCCCGAAAUUCGCAAAGACGAUCUACCUCAUGUAUGGCAACUUGGAAGAGGAACGUGGCCUAGCGCGGCAUGCAAUGCGAAUUUACGAGCGGGCCACACGAGCAGUUGCGGACGAAGACCAGGCUGACAUGUUCAACUUCUAUAUCACCAAAUCUGCCUCCAAUUUCGGCCUGACGUCGACCAGACCAAUUUACGAGAGGGCCAUCGCUGCUCUUCCAGAUGUCGAAGCUAAGGACAUGUGCCUCAAAUUUGCGGACAUGGAGAAGAGGCUGGGUGAGAUUGACCGGGCUCGCGCCAUCUAUGGCCAUGCAUCGCAGUUCUGUGACCCUCGCACAAACCCUGACUUCUGGACGAAAUGGGAGCAGUUCGAAGUGCAGCACGGUAACGAAGAUACAUUUAAAGAAAUGUUACGAAUCAAGCGAAGUGUUCAGGCGCAAUACAACACGGACGUCAAUUUUAUUGCAUCCCAAGCCCUCGCACGCAGCCAACGUCGUCCGGGAGGGGCAGACGAUGCCGAGAUAACGGAUGCCAUGGCGGCACUGGAGAGGCAGUCCAGAGCACCGCAGGGAUUCGUGGCAGCCAGUACUGGUCCAGUUGGAGGCACACCAGCUACAACGGCAGUCACUUCAAAUCCCGACGCCAUUGAGAUCGAUGGCAUUGAUGAAUGAUGGACAGUUCCA